AUGACAUUUUCAGGAUAUCUCGGUCAUGUUGCUUUUGGUCCACCACGGUUGCUUCAUAGUGAUAAUGGAAAGAAGUUUAUUGCAAGAGUUACAAUUGAAUUAAAACAAUUGUUUCUUUCAUGGUCACAUACAGAUGUUCUAGCUUCUCAGCUAAUCACUCCUUCUCGAGAUUGUGAUUAUUCUUUAAUUCAAGCUCCUUCUAAUACAUCUAAUAUAUCAGUGGAUGCAAAUAAUACAUUACCAAUUUUUUCAACCCUUCGGAACUGUAUUCAACACUGGUCGGUUAUACAGAAUCCGAAAAACUGUUCUGUACCCAUUUUACAAUCGACCAUUGAGAAACUUACGCCAGGUGAUUUUCUUUCUCUCUAUAUUCAUGCCCAAAACGCUGCAAUUUUAAUUGAAAUCGAUGAAAAUCUUCCCAACCAACCAUUGAUUUCAUCUUGGCAAGUGUUAUUACCUACAGAAACCAUAACAUCGUCGCUAGAACCGCAUCUUUCUUGCUUUCCUGUGCCGAUAUUUCGAUUAUCCAAUCGAUCUCAACUGUUAUCUCGAGUCCAUGGUGAAUUAUUGGUCGAUUUUAUGAGCAAUACAAUUGAAUAUUCCAAAUCUUACAAAGCAUCUUACCCAUUCAAUGAAACGCGUGAGGUGCCCAUAUCACAUUAUGUAUGUCAAUGGUGGAUCACACAAUUUCAAGGGAUUCAAAUUGACAAUUCAGUCAAUACAUCCGUUGCAUUUAAGAAAAAACAUCGUGAUCAAAUCAGAUAUAAAAGUACGACGUUUCCUUUUCGACGUUCUGGUUUAUGGAUGACUAUUAAAGUUGUUUUUCAUACUAUUCUAACAAAACGUUUAGGAACAAUUGGUACUAUCGUUUAUAAAUUACUUAUUACAAACUUUCUGACUUAUUUUAUUUCUACGGUACAAACAUCGAUGGGUUCUCGAUUAUCUACUCAUCUGCUAAUCCAUUGUCUUCGAAAAAUUGCACGAAGAUUAAAUAAAAUUGAAGGUUUAUUAUCAUCUAUUGAUUCGAAUGAUAUGAAUCAAUGGAUACAAACUGUAACAGAAAAAAUAAAAAAACAAAUUGAUCGCAUUGCUCCCAAUUCGAAUUGGCAAAAAUGCAUCCGGAAAAAUCAGAAAGGAAACUUAUCAAAAAUUCAAUUAAAUGUAAAUCUUCCAGAAACCUACCAGCAUCCGUGUACACUAUUAAAAGCAUAUCUUGCUAAAAAUUAUUCCAAUACAUUAGUUAAACAAUCCUCUUAUAGCUAUAAUUAUGAUUCUCGGGCAUCGAGUAGUGCCGAUUGUAAAGACGAUACAUUACCUACCGUUUCAUCCAUAAUCAAUCAUGAUGAUGAUGUCAUUGGAAUAGCGUUAACACGUAUCGAAAUCUGGGUACAGUCCUGUUUAAACGAAUGGCUCAAUCACUCAUUAUUAUCUAAAAAAGGAUACAAAUGUUUUGAAAAUUUACAAUCUUUUUAUGAAGAUUAUCAACAUACAGCUUUGAAAUUUUAUUAUUCCGAAAAUAAAUCGACAGAUCCGAUUGGCUACAGUCGAUUUAUUCUAACGUCAUUAACAAUAAUUCGUUUAAUGCAUGAAAAAUUAUGUGAAGAUAAUAGAUUCGAACGAUUGAAAUUUCAUGCUGUCCGAAUUCCUCAUCUUCUUGAUUUAUUCGAAUUUUUAGUUUUACCCAAUCGAGACGAUAUGAUUCGAGCUCGAGAUUUAUAUGAUUAUUUUCGAAAAUUCAACGAUAAAUCAUACCCCGAUCUUUUAAGUAAUAUCGAGGCGAAAAAUGCUUUUGGUAUUUAUUUUGCUGAUCAAUCAUCAGAAAUGAAUGAAACUUUGAAAGAAAUUCAAGAUCAAGUUGAACAAGAUAAAAGAGACAAAAUCGAAGAAGUGAAUAAUGCAAAAGAAGAAUAUGAACAACUCAUGAAAAAAGCCCAUGAACUUAUGUGUGAAUGUACAUUAAAUCUUUAUUUCCCAAAAUGUAAGCGAUGUACUAUUAUAAAAGACGCAGAUAAUCUUAAAGUCCAUAUUUAUGAAUGUCCAAUACCACCCAAUCGAGAAAGUGCUUUAGCUGUUAUAUUUGAAUUACAGAUGCCUGAUGAAUUUAGAUGUUAUAGAGAUAUUCUUUGGCAAUUUGUUAGCCGUCCUAAUCCAAACACAUCGAAUCAUAUGUGUGAAUGGCUGAGUGCUAGUCCUCAUAACACUAAGCUAAGACGGUUCAAUAAGAGUUCGAAUAACUGUAAAGUGAAAUUGGUAUCUUCGACUAAAUCAAUAUCACAAAGUCAUUAUUCCGCUCCACGACAGGUCAUGUCAACACCUUUGGGUGAUUUUUUCUACGAAAACAGUCUGCAAGUUCAAAUCUCUCCAACAAAAACAAUGGAAUUCAAAGACGAAUGUCGGACGUUAACACCGGAGUUAACUGAUCCAGAUUACAAAGAUUUACAAUUUUCUAUCGCGACUACGCAAUGUGUACAAAAUCGAGUAAUUGCUGAACAAUCAAAAUGUUCCCUACGACUGAAAUUAACACAAUUCAUUGAGUUCGGUUCAUUUCGUUCUGGUCAUCGUUUACAAUGGUGGAAUCUUUUAAGUAUUCUUGAAUUAGAUUCCUUAUCGAUGGAUGAUGAAAGUGUUGCAAUACUUAUUACACAUGCACUCUUGCAAUAUGGUCCAAUGGCAACCGAUCGAGAAGCAUUCAUUUGUGCUUGGUGUCCAGACGCACAUCAACAGUUAUUAGAAGAUCAUUUUGUUGAUGAAUUAAUUACGAGAUUAGAUCGACAUUUACAAGAUUGUGAAUGUAAUUGGCAGAAUGAAAUGAUGUUAGUAAUUAUAACAGUAAUUGUUAUGAGAGUAUUUACCAUUUGUAAUUCAACAAGAAAAAGUCAACUGACAAAUCUUGUAUUAAAAUGUCGUAACAUAGGUGAAAAAUGGAUUCGACUUAUUUCAGAAAGUAUACAAAAUUCGUCUUCAUCUACUACUGAUAAAAUGGAUGAUUAUCGUGAUAAAAUUGCUAUUAUUGGUGUUGCAUGUAUACUAACAUUUUCAAUAUAUACAGAUUGUAGCAAUUCUGUAUUGUUAUCGGAUGAAAACGUCAUUUUCUUAUUGACAAUGGUCACAACAGUUAAUGAUAAUAUUAUUUUAAAUAAGAGAAAAACAGAAAUUAGUCUAUUUAUGAGAAAUUUAAUGCGUUUUAGUGAACGUGUAUUGGUAUCGAUACAUCCAAUUCUAUAUAAACUUCUUCAGAAAAAUUCCUAUAAAAGUUUAAAUGAAUUUACUGCUAUCUAUUGGGCAGUUAUUCGAAGUAAGGGUAUGAUGGAUGGAAAAUGGAAGAAAAGAAACAAUGAUAUGUAUAAUGGUUGGUAUGAUGGUGAAUAUAAUUCCAAUAAGGUAUCGAUUGAUUGUCUUAGAGGAAAAUUUUUGGUCAAUAAAAUGAGCGUUGGCUAUUUACCAACUAGAAUAACUUCAGAUGAAUUAUUUCUUCGUGUAUUUGGUCAACAUAUUUUUGAAGUUCAAACCGCCGAAUUUGAAGAUAGUUAUAUUACAAAACAUGGAUAUCAUGUUGGUGGAAAAGUUCACUAUGAAUUUAAUUAUAGCUAUUAUCGAGACCCUCAUUUGACAAUCUAUGAACGGCAUACUGAAACAAACGAUAAGUUUGAAUUAAUUCCUCCAAGGUGUUUUAAAACAGAACUACCCGACAUUUUGACUUCUAACUACAGUCAUUGGUGGAAUGAAAUCGAAAAAACUGUAGAAUUUCGACCGAUUUAUUUUCAAGAUUCUAAUUUUUUAAGUGAUAAACAUUACAUAUUAGCACUUAAAACAGGAUAUAUUAUGACGUAUAAUAAUGAAAACAGACAAUAUUUGAUUAAUCGAUCAUCAGAAUUCUUUCAGAAAUUGUUUAAACAUUAUUUCAUUCGUCUGGACAAUGAGCCCUACGUAUAUAUGCUUAGAGUGGAUGAUAUUAUUCAUAUUCAUCUAUCUCGAUUAGGCAUUGCUUUUAAAUACAACACUCAUGAUAAUUUAAUGACUUCUCGUGAAUAUUCAGAUAUGUAUAUCGAUGAAGAUCAAUGGUUUGGGACAUUGACGGGUUUGAAAUCAGGUGUUCUUCUUUCACCAAUGGCUGUAAUCAAUCAAAGAAAUAUACAUCUGUCGAAAACUAAUAUACUCUGUCGUAAACUAAUUGUUCCUUUUGGGCAAAUUCAAGCAAUUAGACAAUCCGACAAUGAUCAUCAAGUCGUGACUAUAGAACGGGAAACAAUAUCGACAUCCUAUCUUUAUCACUACUUUGUUUUUAUUUUGAAUGAUCGUUUACGUAUUCUUCAACCGACUGAUAGUCCAGCAGGAUGGCUCUAUUUAGCAUUAUUACAUGCAAUGACGUCUCAUUCUCUGCCAGAUGAAUAUACAGGAAUGACUGGAAUGGAACGUUGUUUCCAGCUGUUGAAUUCAGCUGGUUGCUGGUCUGAUCAACCUUUUGAUUCAGUUUCUCGAAAUAUUCUUCUUCAAAUUGCGACUAUUUCACCAAAAGUAAAUUAUUAUCCAGAACAUCUUACCUGUGCAGAAAACAUUGAAUGGAACUCUAAUAGUUUACCUUAUUCAUUACAACAUUUCGGUUAUCAUUUGAUAGCAAAAAAAUUAAUAGAAACAAGUGAAGAAUGGAAUUUCAUGCAUCCAUCGUCUACGUCCAAUAACGAAAUACAAAAACUGUUUGCAAGCAAAAAGUACAAUGAAAACUUAUUGACAAAACUCUAUUGGGACUAUCGGGAUUCGUACAAUUCUACAGCUAGAUUAUCUACACAGAUGGAAGCAGAAAUCCGUUGCACAAACUCAACAAAAUCAUACCAACCAGUUUGGGAAAGUUGUUCACAUUCAACAAACUACAGUUCGCUUCAUCUUGUAGACCACUUAUAUAAUAGUGGAGAUGUGAAACUUAAAGAUAGCUCCGAACUCACAUGUUUUCCUCUGUCUCGAUGGCUUACGAAUGAAUAUGAGUUGAAAAAUAUCUGGAUUGGUUUAUUCAAAGUCGCUGAGCGAUUGAAGACAAUCGAAGUUGAUAAUCAAAAAGAUGAAAUAGAACGAUUUGAAAUGUUACUAGAUUUUCUGCAUUAUAUAUCCGAUAAAUGUAAUAGUCAACCGUUUUAUUUGCAAAUGCUGAAAUCUAUAUUAAAAACAUCACCUGUAUUACUGAGAUCCGUCUCGUAUCCUUCAUUCAGUCAAUAUGAAAAUAUUCAGGAAAUUUCAUUUGUAUCCCAUCGUAUCAAAUUUUCAGGAAAUCUCGGUUCUUAUAAGCGAGCUGUAGCUUUACGAGAAAUCGAAGAUUGCUUUGUUAAAAAUUGUCCCUAUAAAAAUGACAAUCUCCCGCUGGUCAACCAGAUAAACAACCAUACUUAUAAAAUAAAUUCGUUACUAAAAUCUUGGCGAUCGAAUGGUGAACUUCGUUCUUUUGUACAAAAUAUUCAGAAUCAUCUUCGUUCUGUCAUAAUGAUUCCAUUAAAUACCAAAGUGUCUGUUCGUUCCCAACAAUUUAUCGUCGAAUUAUUUCAAAACCAUUAUCAAAUUCGUCUUAAUUCGACAGAUAAACUCAUCAAUCAAAAGUUGUUGGAGAAUGCACAACAAAAAUUUCUGCAUCCUCAUUCGAAUUAUUUUAUCAAACCAACAAUAUGCGUUCAAAUUACAAAUGAGCAGAAACCAUUUCCAGAGCAAAUUUUUCCAUCUACUGAUUCUCAAGUCAAUCCUCUCAGUGAUAUUGCCAAUCAUUUCAAGGAACACUUAACUGAAAGUUGGAAGAUGCUUAAUUUGACCGAAGAAUAUCAUAAAGAGUAUCCGUCUGUAGAGGAGAUCAACAAGUUUCUCGAUUGUUUUCGCCAAGAAUCUAAACAAUUUUGGGAUGAAUUAGUAAAGUCCAUUACAAUGACAAAUGAAUUGUUAUUCAAUGUAGGUUUAAUAUUACGAAUCUUACCAACAAUUUUGAUAUCUGUCUUACAACAAAUAUGGUUAAGCGAUACUGAAUCGAAUAGCUCACCAUUAAUAAACGCAAUGAAUGAUGUGAAUUUGCCAUUAUUGUUUUUGACAUCUGAACAACGUAUAUUACUCGGUGGAAUCAUGGUCAAUUGGAUUGUAGAACAGCAACUCGAAAGAGCUUUACAUUUUGUCAAUCAAAACAAAUGGGAAGAUUUUGAAAAAGAAAUAUCAAAUAUACCUCAUGCCAAUUGGACACCAUCAAUGCAUGUUCCAUGGCUAAUACUAGAACUGGAAAUGAAUAUUACCAUUCGAGAAAUACAAAUUGAAGUAACACGUCAUAUGAUAAAACCAAUAAUUAACGAAAACAAUUCUUCAAUACCCAAUAUCGUCAUGCAAAUGAAUAUGGGUGAAGGCAAAACUUCGAUAAUUUUACCAAUGUUAGCUCUUAGUUUAUGUUCAUCAUCUUCGAGUUUAGUUCGUAUCAUUGUGCUAAAAUCAUUAUUUCCAAUGAAUUAUCAAUCACUACGAUACAAAUUAGGUGGUUUGCUAAAUCGACGUGUACUGCCAUUUGCUUGUCGUCGUGAUAUGAAUUUUAGUGAUAUACAAGUGGAGAAAAUUUUUAAUCGUCUCCAACAAGGAUUAAAGAACUGCGACGUUGUAUUAAUUUCACCUGAGGAUAUUUUAUCAUUUGAUUUGCUCACAAUAGACAAAUGUCGACAAAAGCAAUUCGAUGCUGGUCGUUCAAUGUUAUCUAUUCAACGUUGGAUGAAAACAUUUGCUCGAGAUAUUUUGGAUGAAUCCGAUGAGAUUUUACAUGUUAAAUAUCAAUUAAUUUAUUCCAUUGGUCGUCCACAACAAGUUGAUGGAGGUUUAGAACGUUGGGAAACCAUUCAAUUGGUAAUGAACUUAGUCAUGCAAAACGCAGCAUACAUUGCACAACAAUAUACCGAUGAUAUUUUCUACAAAGCAUCAGAACAUCAAAGUAGUUUUCCGGAGUUUCGUUUGCUUAAUCGUCGACCAUUUCCGGAAUUAUGUCUUAGAAUAGCAAUUGAGUGGCUUAAUCAAAAACAUUAUCAUCAAAUAGAUCACGAGUCGAUCUUAUCAUUCAUUUUGGAUACGAACUCAACGAUCGAUCCUCUCAUCGAUCGAUUUCCUCACAGUACAAUUCAGUUAUUUCUUAUUAUGCGUGGUCUUUUAUCAUCUGAAGGAUUAUUCGUUGCUUUAAAAAAGCGCUAUCGUGUCAAUUUCGGUGUGAAUCCAAAUCCAAAAUUCGAUCGUUUAAUGGCCGUACCAUUUCGUGCCAAAGAUGUUGCAGCUGAGAAUACAGAAUUCGGACAUCCAGAUGUAGCCAUUGUCUUAACACAAAUUUCAUAUUAUUAUAAUGGUUUGAAUGAUUCACAAAUGCUUCAAUGUUUUGAUCGCUUAAGUCAAAACGAAAGCGAUCCUGAAAUAACUUAUGAAGAAUGGAUAUCACUUGAAGAGGAAAACGAUACGAUUUCAAAUAUAAAAGAAUGGAAAAGAGUCAAUCUGAAAGAUUAUCAACAGCGAACUCAACAACUCUUUCCGACUCUACGAUAUAAUAUGUUAGUUAUAAAUUAUUUUCUCAAUCAUUUUGUUUUUCCUCAAGAAGCAAGACAAUAUCCGAAUAAACUAGUUUCUUCUGCUUGGGAUUUGUCUUCAUCUUCACGAUCGAAAAUAAUCACUGGAUUCAGUGGUACAAAUGACACCCAACUACUAUUGCCUGUUCAUAUUCGUCAGUGCGAUUUGCCAGGACUUCAGAAAACUGAUGCUAUUGUUCUCAAUAAUUUACUUCAAACGAAAAACGAUCAUUAUCAAUAUUUAUCUAUUAGUACGAGUUCUGAUGAAAUCUUGAAUCGAAUUGUUAAAGACAAACCAAUUAUACAGGUCAUUCUGGAUGUCGGUGCAUUGUUUGUCGAUGGAACAAAUCGUCAGAUAGCUACUAAUUGGUUGAAUCUGUCGGAUAAAACUAAAAUCGAUUAUGCUGUUUAUUUUGAAUUAGAUUCGAUUUUUGUUUGUGAUCGUCAAUAUGAACAUCAUGCUUUUCUGACAUCACCUGCUAAUGAACGACUUGACCGUUGUGUGUUUUAUAUGGACGAAAUUCAUACGAGGGGAACUGACUUUAAAUUUCCAAAUAAUUUUAGAGCUGCUGUUACCUUAGGAAAUGGUCUCAGCAAGGAUCGCUUAGUCCAAGCAUGUAUGAGAAUGCGAAAAUUAGGCAAACAUCAUUGGUUAAGUUUCUGGAGUUCACAUGAAGUUCAUCAACAAAUUCAAACAAUAAAGAAAAAUGCAUUUCUAUUAAAUGAAAAAGAAAAUGUCGAUAAUCGAAUUUCUCUAAAUGAUAUUCUUCGUUGGGUAUAUGAAAAUACUCAACAGACGACGUGGGAUGGAUUACACCACUGGGCAACGCAAAGUUUAAGUUUUCAACGGAAAGUUACUGCUUUUCGAACAAUUCACUGGACUAAUCAUCGAGAAUCGUUUACAAGUACCAUGAUGGAAAACUUAGCCGAAGAAUGUUUGGAAGCUGAAAUAACCGAAUUAAAAGCAAUGUAUGGCGGAUCUAAAACAUUCCAGACAAUAUUGGAGAUUUAUUUGGCUCGUUAUAAACAUUCUAGUAUUUGUUCAUCGGCUGAAAUUCAUGAAGCUGUUUCUAAACGAUUAUGCGAUUAUGGUGGUUCGAAGAAGCUUCUGGCACAAUUAUUAGACGAAGAGCAACAACGAGAACUAGAAAAAGAACAAGAAAUGGAAGAAGAACGACAACAGAAACGGCCAACAUCUGUUGUUCCAAGUGAACCCAUAUUGCAUGAUGAAAUCAGAAGCUUAUGUGAUGUGCAAGAUCCUAUACUGAAUUUGUCACAACUAAGUUCAGUAUUUUGCCCCAUCGCCAAUGCUUUUCUUGGCGCUACAUUCUAUAACGAAUCUCAACCAGGUUGUUGGCAAAAAAAUCUUUGGGUUACUGAUGAAUUUAAACGUGUGAUUCAAACACGAGGAGAAUCAUUAGAUUCUUUCCUACGUCCUGCACGAUGGGUUGUGAUCUAUCGUAAUCAACAUGCCAUAUUUGUUAGUGCCUAUGAGGCUGAUUGGUUGAUGGGUCGAUUACAUGCGCUUUAUCAUCAGAAGCAAUCUAAUAAACCAUGGAUCACUACCUUACGCUUACUACUACCAAGGACGAAACGCGAUCAAUCGAUUCUAGUUAACACAGCAGCUUUAACAAUCCCUCCAUCAAUCAUGUCCAAGAACGAUACUGCUCUUUUUACCAUUCCGGUUGAAUGGUUGGUAGAAUUAUAUAUUUUUAAUGGCACUCUCUACUUUGAAACUGUAGAUGAACAAACAGCGUAUUGUCAAUGUCUGGGUGUGUGUCCAAAACCUCGAACGACGAUCGAAAAAGAUGCUUUCGAGAAAGAUUACAUUGCUAUUGAUGGAUUUGUAAAAAAUUUAGAAUAUCGUGGCCAAUUACAACUCGAUCGAUGUCGUUUUAAUUCCAACCCUUUGACAUUCAUUAGAAAAUUAGUUGAAAAUCGAAAUCAUGUACAAGCACCGCUGAAAUCACAUGUCGGCAGUAUUAUUUUGAACGCUUGCAAGCUCCCAUUAUGA